UAAAUAGCUAGAUUAAAUCAAGUCCGAUAACUCAUUUCUGUUAUGAUAAAAAUAGAAAAGGCGCUUUGUAAAUGAAAGCAAGUUUUUACUUAGGAAAAGAUGUUUAGAAUCAUGAACCCCAGUGAAGGAUCGCAUUCGAUUACUGGUAUACCCAAGUUAACCCGACACAACACCCUUAUCCAUACAAACAUCAACAUCCGCAACAAACAAGCGAAUUUCACACUCUGUCAAUUGGUGGAGCGACUUAAAGAUCCCUAGUGUAAGAGAAUAUAUGUGGACCAGAUCCAAAGGACCAAUAGACCUACAUCACUCGUGGAUGAUAAGUAUGUUUCCAGAAAAUGGCACCCCCACAACAUCAGAUGGAGAAACAAAUCUGAUACUCCAACAACCAGGAACUUCUGGCCUCCAACAACCAGGAACUUCUGGACUCCAAAACUCAGCAACUUCCAGCCUCCAACAACCAGGAACUUCUGGACUCCAACAACCAGGAACUUCCAGCCUCCAACAACCUGGACCUUCAGGUCACCAAACAGCACCAACAACUAAUACUACAACAACAACAGUACCUACAACAUCAACAGCAACAGUUCCAACAGUGAGUACUCAUGCACCUGUCAUUACAUAUCAACCACCACCUCAACCAUCCAACCAACAAAUACCUCCAGGUUUCCAGAUAGAGCACAAAAUUAAUGUUCAAAUAAAACCGUAUGAUGGGAAAGUUUCGCCAAGUCAAUGGUGGCAAAAGUUUUUAGCUUUUAUAACACUUCAGCAUAUGACAGACAAACAAGCAAUAUUAUCAUUACCGUUCCAUUUAGAGGACAAACCAAGUGAAUGGUUUUCAACCCUAGCUGAUGAAGCAAAACAAUCAUUGGCAACAAUCAAGACUGCUUUCAUAAGCAGAUUUCAACCUCAAGUCAGUUCAAGUAUUAACUUGACAAAGUUAAAGCAGUCUCCAACCGAAAAUAUCGAAGAUUAUAUUCAUCGGGCAAUUCAAUACAAUAAGUAUAGGAGUGCCUCAGUACCGUUUUUGAUAGAACUUGCUAUUAAUGGAAUGAAAUCCUCUAUUGCCCACAUAAUUAUUCCUCAACAACCACAAACUAUUGAAGAGUUAAGGAAAAUCGCAUCAAUAGCUGAAAUGACAGUAAAUCAAACAAAAACACUAGACGAAACCAACAUCAAUGACAGUGUCGAAAAAUUUGUUGCAUCAGCUGAAGCAAGACUCAUGGACAAUUUGGCAGAAAGAUUUUCAAGUACCAUCUCUGCAAUAAAUUCUUCAAUGGACGAAAAAAUUACCAGCUACAAUCCAAAUACCUAUAAACCGGUUGAAAACAACCAAUAUGUUCAACCACAAUACCAACCACAACUCCAGAAUAACUAUCAGCCAAUCCAGCAAUUCCAACAAUUCCAACCACGCCAACAAUUCCAACCACGUCAACAAUUCCAACCACGCCAACAAUUCCAACCACGUCAGCAAUUCCAACCAAGACAGCAAUUCCAGCCACAACAGCAGAAUCGAACAAGAUAUCAACAAACCACGAACCAGACACAGCAAUGGUCACCACAAAACCAGACAAACCAAAAUACAAAUUGUAUAGGCUGUGGUUUCUUGUUCGCUCAUCAGAAUAGUCUUCUCUACUCCAUCAUAGUCAUAUUAAGCCUCAUCACAAUACUGUUAUCCCCCAUAAAUGGAAAACUCACCCAAAGAAUCAACCAUGGAAAUGAAAUUAAAGAACAAAUCCAGUCAUCUAUUACCCAAGAAUCAUGGUUACCCACUUUCCAGAUUGAGUCACCCAAGACCAUCGAAGAACAACCCAUAUUUACACAAAAGUUUGAACCAGAGGCAACAUGGCCUGAUUCAAACACCAUUCUCAUUGUUUUUACUACUGGUAUCUCCAGAAUAGUAAUUGUCUUUUGUAUUUUCAUGUUAUGUAAAGUUCGUAAAAUGGCAGUAACACUACUUAUUUUACAACAGUCACUACAAAUACAUUCACAAACCAUGCCAUCAUUCAUAUAUCGCAAUCCAAAUGUCAAGGAUAAAUCUCCAUCUAUCAUUGAAAAGUUGAUGAAACAAGAGUUUUCGUGGAGCCAUGUAUCUGUUAUUUUGAAUACCAUUGUAUUAAUAUUUCUGAUUUUUAUCAUAUACUCUUUGUACAAAUCAAAAAAUCAAAAGUCAACAAAAGUCAUGCUUGAAAUAACUUCAGGUGGAAGUUGUGUAACAGUGCCAAUACUAAGUUUGUCAUUAUGUCCAUCCUAUUACAAUUUUCCUGUACCAAAAGUACAUGAUCUCUCAAUUUCUGCAUUUCCUCAAUCAAAAUUAUUUGUUUCAUGGUCAUCAUUUAUUAUUACAAACAGAGUUACUGGACAGACUGUUAAAAUACCAUCCACUAUAGAUAUUAAUAUCAUUACUCGUUAUAAAAUUAGUCAGAUUAUAAACCAACCAUUUAAUGUGUAUGUUUUGAUAACCCAUCAAGGUUUUGCCUCCACACUGAAUCCAUCUUGUUUACCACAGUCUAAUGAUCAUGUUGAUGAUGUUCAUGUAAAGGUUGAUGAAACAACCUCAAUGUAUCCAAAGCUUGAUUGACUCAACAAAUUGCAAUAUAACUUCUAGUGUAAAAAAAAAAAAAAUAAACACUUACUAUUUCAUUUUUGAGUCUUUUAUAUAUAUAUUUUAAACAUUGAUGUUCAAUGAGUGUAAACGCGCCCUUGUUACAGUACUUUCAUUUAAAAAUAACCUUUAAAACAACUUUAUGCAAAUUGUUUUUAUUUUUAAAUUGAGUCAAUUAGGCUGUUCCAUAAUUUUUAGAAAAAUCAGGACCUUGAUUACAAAACUAAUCUCUGCAUAUGUGUUUUCUAUAUUUUAAUUGGUAUUGUCUAUAUUUGUAUUAUAAUUUUUAUGCUUUACUUUAUAUAAGAAAGAUACUUCUGUUACUAGUUUGUUUUUUCUACUAAUAUUUGUGUAUUGAUAUUUUUCAGAAGUGAUAUUAACAUUUUGAAGCUUUGGGGUCCAAAGCAGUUGGGCCAAGGGGGAGUUGACAUGGUGUAUUUUUUCGUUCAAAUUUAAUUCUCAGACACCAACCCCAAAUACUAAUAUACCUUCAUUUAUUAAAAGAAAGAUAGUUCCGAAAGUUCAUAAUUAAAAUAAAUUAUUAUUUAUUUCUUCAUUUACAUAGAAAACUUUUCAAUUUACGGCCCUAGAUAAAGAUUUAUUUAUAUCUUAUAUUAUAGGUUUUAAGUUAACAUUUUGAAGCAUUUAAGACGGAACUAAGUUUUUAUUGUAUUUACUUUGAAUCAGGAUUGUAGAUUCCUUACGGCUUAUUUUUAAUACUUUUCUAGAAUUUUAGCAAAUAGUCUUUGUCAUGAGAUUAACACUUUGACUCAAACCUAUUUAGCUUUGGCAGAUACAAACUUGUAGACAGAGAUUUAAUUAAGCUGCUAUUGUUAUCUGCCUGAAAUGUAGGUAAUUUCAAUUAGCACUUUUGAUCAGGGCACGCUAUUUUAGGACCGCCCUUAUUUUUAAGAAAUGACAAAUCCCCCCUAUUUUUCUAAAAACCUAGAAAUCCGAUUGGUUAAACAGAAAAUAAUCCUAGAGGAAAUUGAAAUACUAUUUCUUGGGAACAAAUCACUUACUGAUUUGUUUCCAAUUAAUAAACAUCUAUAUUUCAAGUUUCUCUUGGAUUGUUUUCAGGUUAGUGAAAUUACAUUUAUUUUAUUGUAUUAUGAAAUUCUUUUUAUAUCUAUUUAAAAGAAGUCUUGAGACAUAGAAAAAGAGUUAGCUAUAAUUGUAAAUAAUG